AAUUAAAAAUCACUGUGAUUAACCGAAGAUGGCUGAUACUGCCGUUGUUACAUCAGAGAUUUAUAGUGAAAAGGACUACGUUUGUAAUUUGAAAAAAAGUGAUAAUAAAAAUGUGAUAGCAAAAUUUGUUUUUAAAUAUCCUUUAUUUGAUGAAGAUGGUGAUUUAAUUGUGCAACGAUCCAAAGAGAGUAAAGUGUCAGAACAAUUUAUAGAAAUAGAACAUAGCUCAAUAUCAAGUUUAAAAUUGGUGGGUUUGCAAGUAUGGAGAGGUGCUUUACUUUUAAGUGAUUAUUUAUUACAUUUAGGUCCCGAAAAAUUAAAAAAUAGUACAAUUUUAGAAUUAGGAUCGGGUGUUGGCCUAACAAGCAUUGUUGCAAGCAAAUAUGCAAAAAAUGUUAUUUGUACAGAUGUGGAUCUUGGGAAUAUUUUAAAAUUAAUAUCGUCAAAUUUUUUAAGAAAUAAACACCAUGUAAAAAGUAAAUAUUCAAUAUUGGGUUUGGAUUUUUAUGCAAAUGAAUUUAGCGAUGAAUUAAAAGAACAUUUACCAAAUGUCAGUCUUGUUUUAGCUGCAGAUGUUAUUUACGAUAAUGAUAUUACCGAUGCAUUUGUAAAAACCAUUGAGCGUUUACUUAUAGAACCACCGUCAAAAGAUAUUUAUAUAGCACUUGAAAAACGUUAUGUGUUCACGGUAUCAGAUUUAGAUUCAGUAGCACCAUGCUAUGAACAUUUUUUAUUAAGAUUAUCGGAAAUGAUGGCGAAAAAUAAAUCAAAAAAUUGGUCAGCAAUACAAUUGGAUUUAGAUUUUCCACAAUACUUUCGAUAUGAUCGAGUUAAGCAAUUUGUCUUGUGGAAAAUUAGUUCAUAAACAAAUAAUUGAAA